AGUAGGACUAUUAAGAAAAAUGAACUUUGAUGAGGACAGGCUUAAGGCAUAUAACACUCCAGAGGAAUGCGUUGAUUUACUCGCUAAAGGAAGUUCAAAUGGUGGUAUUGCUGCUGUUUUCGAUGAGAUUCCUUAUGUGAAGCUUUUCCUUGCAAAUUAUUGCUUGAAAUUUGCCACGAUUGGACCUACGUAUAAGACUCAUGGCUUUGGAUUUGCCUUCCCGAUAGGAUCUCCUCUAGUACCUGAUGUUUCGAGAGCAGUUUUGAAUGUGACAGAAGGUGAAAAGAUGGUACAAAUAGAGAGAGCAUGGUUUGGAGAAUCUACUUGUUCCGAUUCUAGUACAUCACUCUCCUCCAACAGUCUUGGCCUAGAUAGCUUCUGGGGACUCUUUGUCAUGGCUGUAAUUGCUGCAGUUUUGGCUCUCAUCAUCUUUCUAACGAAAUUCAUACAUGAGCAUUGGCACAUCAUAAGACGAUUUAAUCUUUCAUUGCGCGAAAGAAGCAGAAUCUUGGCCAGGAAGAAUCUAUAA